AUGAGCGACGAUCGCCCUCUCCAGCGCCGCGGCGGACGCGUGCGAGGGGCCGAGGGGUACCACACAGAAGACAUCCGCGCGCUGCUCGUCUGCGUCAAGAGCGUCGUGCCCACGACGACGAGCGACUGGGAGCAAGUGGUCGACGAGUACCGCGAGACGCACGCGAUCCCACGCGCCCGCGCCCGACGCGACGCCAAUUCGUUGAAAGCCAAGUUCAAGCACUUGGCCCGUGCGUGUCGACCGGGCGAGAGCACGCGGUGGGACGUACAAGAAGCGGGGGCGCUGUUGCAGCUGAUCCAGUCGAAGCUGGUGGCUGGGCAGUGUCUCCAGCGACGAGGAGGUCGGGCGCGAGGGGCCGAGGGCUUCUCCGCGGUCGAUGCGCAAGCGAUUCUUGCCGCUGUUCGGCAAGUGGUACCAGUGUCACGACAAGAGUGGGACCUCGUGGCCGACGCAUACCGUCGGGACUAUGCCGUUCCGCACGAUCGCCUUUGUCGCGACGGGCUGUCGUUGAAACGCAAGUUUCGACACUGGCUUAAGGCCGAUUCGGACGGUACGGCACGGGCUGAAGUCAGCGUCGCGCGCGCUGUGCAAGUGGAGAUUGAGGCCAAGAUGGACAAGGAAAAGCAGAGUGCAACAGUGCGGGACGAGGCGGGGACGGAGAAGGGCGUGGUGGUCGUGACGACGACGGAGAACGGAGAGAGGAAAGAAACUAGUGCUGGCGGUGGACAGGAGACGGACGUUGCUGAUGCAGCAGUGGUCGGACUGGAAGAUGGUAGCACUACGAGUAGCGAGGCUGGAGAGAGGAGCUCUGCGGCUGACCAUCGCCGUGGUGGACGGAUUGUUGGAUCGGAAGGGUACUCGGUGUCAGACAGGAGAGCGCUACUGGCGUGCGUCAAGGAGGUUUUGCCGUCCGACUCGACUGCGUGGGAACAAGUGCUGCAAUUGUAUCGCACGAGAUAUGCUGGAUUAAACAAUCGUGCGCCACGGAAUCUCACAGGGAUCAAGAGCAAGUUCCGGCAACUGGUUAAUUGCAGACACGAGACUGACGUGGGGACAAAAGAGCAUGAAGACGUACUGGAAGCUCGUGCUAUCCAGAGUGAGAUUGAUCUCCGCUUGAAUUUGGGAAAACGUCCACGGUCUGAGAGCACAUCGAAUGUUCCCUCCGCUUGUACACCCGAAAGGAGCGUUUCCGAGGAUCGCGAAAAGAACCUUGUCGUUUUGGCAAGCACAGAGCCACGUGACAAUCCCCAUUUGGUGCAACAGAGCUCGGAAGCUGGUGCAACAAGAUGUCCGGAGGGGUCAGAAUGUUUACCUGAUUAUGCAUCUGGGAAGAAAGGCCUGAUAGAGAGCGUUGUGGCGGACGCAGAGGUCAAGCCAGCGCGAUCGGAUAUAGCUAGUCGAGAACUCGAACUCCUAAGGCAGCGGGAACGACGGGAAGCUGAACAAGCAGCGUGGGAUAAAGAGCGAAGUAUGCGCGAGAAGCAACGCAUCUACAUGGAAACUUGGACGGUCGUGUGCGACCGUUUGCGUGCACUGUAUCGAGAACGAGCGACAGAAGAUAACCCGGAGAUACUGAGCGAGUUCGACGACGAAAUCGCCGUUCUCAAGAAAAAGAAGCAGCGGCUUACAGGCUUGAUGAUAUAA